AUGUGCGUCUGGUGCCGCUGGGGCAGCCUGGGCAACUCGGACUGCUACGCGAACUGGACGGCCCUCUGGCGCGACAUCCGCGCGGCGGGCCCCGUGGACGACUUCGCGUUCUUCGUCGGCGGCACGACGGUCGUGCACCUGGGCGUCUUCUGGACCUACUGCCUCGCGCUGAGCGUGCUGGACCUCUGGGGCCCGGCCUGGGUCGUGAAAUACAAGGUCCAGGAGAAGCACGCGGCGACGCCGCUGUCGCCGCGGAAGUGGUGGAAGGGCGUGCGCCGCGUGCUCUUCAACAACAUCGUCGUGACGAUCCCGCUCACGGCGCUGGCCUACGGCCGCUUCGAGGGCCGCCUGGACAUGCCCCUGCCGUCGCUGUCGUCCGCGCUGCUCCAGAUGACGGCGUUCGUCUUCGUCGAGGAAAUUUUGUUCUACUACAGCCACCGGCUCCUCCACCACCCCAGGCUCUACCCCCACAUCCACAAGAUCCACCACCAGUUCACGCACCCCGUGGGCUUCGUGGCGCUCUACGCGCACCCGCUCGAGCACGCGCUCUCGAACCUGCUCCCGGCCGUCGCGGGCGCGCUCGUCAUCAAGUCCCACUGCUUCCUCUUCUGGGUCUGGAUCACGCUGGGCAUCUGCUCCACGGUCAACACGCACUGCGGCUACCACUUCCCGUGCUUCAUCUCGCCGCGCGCGCACGACUUCCACCACGAAAAGUUCACCGAGGUCUACGGCGUCAUGGGCUGGCUCGACACGCUCCACGGCACGAACGCGGAGUUCGUCGCGUCCGAGUCCGCGAAGCACUACAAGGUCUACUACACGCUGCGGCCGCCCUGGGUCGACGCGAAGCAGGGGAAGGCGGCGUAA